GAGCCGGGGCAGCUCGCGUGAUCAGAGCGGUCACUGUACUCGCAUAUAAAGGGGGAGGCACUUCGAACACAGUUUAAUAAACCCCCAAAACUUUAAUUGAAUUUUGACCCGACAUAAUUUUGUCUGAAUAUGCUUCAUUCUUAAAUUAUUGAAGCAUAAACGUGGUGUGUGUUUCGUUACAUGGUGUUGUCUGUAUGACAGCGAGAUUAAACUAGUUUGUUAUACAUUUAGGAGAAAAUUAACUGUGGUCAACAAAUCAGUACUCCAUGUUUUCUAUUCGUAUUGGACACAGAGGGUCACUCAUUCCUGGCAUUCGAGAGAAGGCGUCUCAGCGGUGUUACGUCACUGUGUUGCGGGCUGGCUUAAGGGUUUUAGCAGCCCAUAAAGUGAGCGGGGAGCGCGCAGUUUCUCGAAGAAAUAGGGCAUGUAUGGAGAGCUGCACAGGACAAUAUCUGGAUUGAGAGGUCAGCCGUUUCUGAAUAGAAGUCUGGACCUGUCGUGUGUGAAGUAUCCUGGUGUUGCACCGAACUGCUGGACAUACCGUUGAUUGCAUUGCCUGCAAGAGACCAGCUUGACAUCGCCUAAAAAUUGAAGGUCGAAAACCCACCUUGGUUAACAACCCUGCAUUAGUGUGUUUCACGUCAAGGCAAGGUGAAGACGAUUUGGACAGGAAGAAGUAUUCUACUGCCACUCACAGCAGUUAUUGGUGAUAAACCAGUCAUGCGGGAUUCUGUGUUCAACUGCUGUUUAACCCCUUCCCCAGGACAAUCAGCAAACAUGGCCGGAAACUCAGCCCUGUCCUCAAGCGACAAGCGCUUUCUCAUCUUUUUCGACUUUGACGAGACCAUCGUGGAUGAGAGCAGUGAUGAUGUGGUGGUGCAGGCAGCCCCAGGGCAGUAUCUGCCAGGCUGGCUGAAGGACACCUACCGGCCAGGCCACUAUAAUGAGUACAUGCAGCGUGUGCUUGCUUACAUGGCCGAGUCUGGGGUCACUGAGAGUGCCAUCCGUGCCGUCAUCGAAAAGAUCCCCGCCUCACCUGGCAUGCUGACCCUCUUCAAGUUCCUGCGCACCCGACAGGACUUUGAGAUGGUGCUGGUGUCUGAUGCCAACACGUUCUUCAUCGAAUCCUGGCUCCGUCGCGUGGGAGCCCGCCAGCUUUUCGGCAAGAUUUUCACUAACCCCGCCACCUUCAACCAAGACGGACGUCUCAUGCUGCGCCCUUUCCACUCCCACGGCUGCCAGCGUUGCCCUGAGAACAUGUGUAAGCAGGUGAUAGUGAAGGACUAUGUGGCACGCAGAACGCAGGAACGAGGGAAGGCGUUCCAGAGGGUCUUUUACGUGGGUGACGGUGCCAACGACUUCUGCCCCUGUCUGACCCUGAACCCUCAGGAUGUGGCAUUCCCUCGGCGGGAUUAUCCCAUGCAUCAGCUUAUCACAGAAAUGCAUGAGGCAAGGCCUGGGGAGUUCAAGGCGGUCACUGUGCCAUGGGUCAGUGGGGAGGAUGUGAUUCUGCGACUUAGGAAGCUGGCAGAGGAAAAAUGAAUCUGAAAUAUGAAUCCCCCAUACACACACACACACACACACACACAAACUACUCUGAAAACACAUUCAUUCACGGAUAUAUACAUAUUUAAAAGAUGAUAUACUGUUAAUAUACACACAUACAGCAAAUAAAACACACACAAAACAUUAAAUGGCUCACACAAUCAGACUGCAAAAAAAGAGGUUCUUCUCACGGUUGGGACAGUAAUCAAGAGACUCAGACCACCUCGUUAUGGUUCGGUCCAACGGUCAAUCAAAGACAGAAGCCUGAUAAAAACAUCAACUCUGUCAAUGAUUAAGGAGACCUUUACAGUAGUUGAUCGACAAGAUAGUAAACUAAUAAAUCUGACCAACACUGACUAAAAGGGGAAAUAUUAAUAAAGAUAAAUUAUUGACCAAGCUGUUUACCCUAGGUGUUUGUAAAUGGUAAAUUAAGAACCAAUAUGUGCCACCAUUUAUCUGUGUUCCAUUGUUACUUUUAUACCGAGCCUUAUUGCAGUUGUGAUUAACUGCCACUUUGGGUCAGUGGGGCAACCAUCCCUUUUACUGAUUGCCUUAUUAUUUGAUAAUGACUCUAUCUAGCGAGGACAAUUUUAUUAUAAGCCAUUUAAGUUAUUAAUAAGAAAAACUGACGCUUGAUCAAUUGUGUGGGAAAGUGGAAUACCAGUACUGGAAAUAUAUUAAAUUGCAAUGCUGCCAUCUACUGGCAAUUGUAUAAGCUGCACAUGCUUUUUUGAAAUGAAACAGUAUUGAGUAGUGGUAGGUGAAACAUAAAACCCAAAUCAAUAAUAUUAGACCUAGAUUUAUAUUUAUAUAGGCUAGGAAACUGUAUAACUAAUGUACUGUGUGUUAUAAUUGGGUACAUUAUAAGUAUUAGCAUGUGAAAUAAUUAUUUGUAUGUUUGUAUCUGUGCGUCCAAUGUACUGUACUUAAAUCACCAGCAGGAAUAUAAAGCCAUUCACUGAAAA